CGAAUUGAUUGUGUCAAGAAAGUCUCCGGCUCAUCGUUCUUCUUAUAUGGCAUCAUGUCCACAAUUGUCGCUCUCCUUCUCUUUCCACAUCUAAAAUCCUCUGACACCCUCCUGCGAACCAUCUGAUAUCCUCAAUCCGCGACUCUUAAUCUUCCUCCCGUUCAAUUCCCCUCUAAUCAUCCGCAUCCGUCCAUUCCGCCAGACCACUCCCCCACCACCAUGGAUAUGAGCAAUAUGGACCAUUCGGGCAAUUCGGGCUCGUCCUCGUCAUCCUCCAGCAUGUCUAUGGCCAUGGUCUUUGUCAACACUCAUGAUACGCCUCUCUUCGCCAACAACUGGACCCCCUCGUCCAGCGGCUCCUACGCCGGCACCUGCAUCUUCCUCAUCGUCUUGUCGAUCAUCGGCCGGCUGCUGGUGGCAUUCAAGGCCGUCAUGGAGACCCAUUGGCUCAACACGCACCUCAACCGUCGCUAUGUCACCAUUGCCGGCAAGACGCCAGAAGUCGGUCGCAUUGAUUCCGACCCCGAAACAAAAACGGCUUCCCUCGUUACGGCGCAGGGCGUCGAGGAGUCCGUCCGGGUGGUGCGACGGGUUGCGCGUGAGCCCAUCCCGUGGAGAUUCAGUGUGGAUCUACCGCGAGCUUUUCUGUUCCUUGUCAUUACCGGUGUAUCAUACCUCCUCAUGUUGGCCGUGAUGACCAUGAACGUCGGAUAUUUCUGCUCCGUUCUCGCGGGCGCGUUUCUCGGAGAACUUGCAGUCGGACGCUACAUUCAGUUCAACGAACACGGACAUUGAUUUAGUCCGAUGUACGAGUCUAUUUUUUUUUUUUUUUUCGAACUAUAUUUUCGGGUUUCUCGGAGUUUAUGAUAUCCCGUACGGCGUUUUCUUGGGCGAAAAGGAAUACCACCACCUCAUCGGCAGCGACAAUUCCUACUAGAGCAUUUACUGGCGUUCGGACAGCAACAGUUCGAUCUUUUGGUCUGGGCACCAAUUAUCAUUCCUAUUAUCGGUAAAACUAGCCGAUUUCUUGCACAUACACUGCACGUAUACGAUCAUGAGACGCAACCACGCUCAACAUCCUUGUACAUACUUACAUAAAUAUAUCCAUACCAAGACGAUCAUCGUCAUACAGAAAGCUUGUACUACAG